UUUUGCUUUCGAUCUGGACUGUUCUCAGGCAAGCCGGGGAGUAACUUUUAGUUUUGCUCCUGCGAUUAUUCAACUGACGGGCUUUCGUUUCCAUUUCACACACCCUAGCAACCCUUAAACCUUGCGGAAUUGUAUUGGUAGUGUGAAAAAGCACACUGAGAGAAGGGUACCAUGCCCGUGGAAAGGAUGCGGAUGCGCCCGUGGCUCGAGGAACAGAUAAAUUCAAAUACAAUACCAGGGCUGAAGUGGCUUAACAAGGAAAAGAAGAUUUUCCAGAUCCCUUGGAUGCACGCGGCUAGACAUGGGUGGGAUGUGGAAAAAGAUGCGCCACUCUUUAGAAACUGGGCCAUCCAUACAGGAAAGCAUCAACCAGGAGUAGAUAAACCUGAUCCAAAAACAUGGAAGGCGAAUUUCCGAUGUGCGAUGAACUCCUUGCCUGACAUUGAAGAAGUCAAGGAUAAAAGUAUAAAAAAAGGAAACAAUGCCUUCAGGGUAUACCGGAUGUUGCCGUUAUCUGAACGACCUUCUAAGAAAGGAAAGAAACCAAAGACAGAAAAAGAAGAUAGAGUUAAGCACAUCAAGCAAGAACCAGUUGAGUCAUCUUUGGGGCUUAGUAAUGGAGUAAGUGAUCUUUCUCCUGAGUAUGCCGUCCUGACUUCAGCUAUAAAAAAUGAAGUGGAUAGUACGGUGAACAUCAUAGUUGUAGGACAGUCGCAUCUGGACAGCAACAUUGAGGAUCAAGAGAUUGUCACAAACCCUCCGGACAUUUGCCAGGUUGUAGAGGUGACCACCGAGAGUGACGAACAGCCGGUCAGCAUGAGCGAGCUCUACCCUCUGCAGAUUUCCCCUGUGUCUUCCUAUGCAGAAAGCGAAACUACCGAUAGUGUGCCCAGUGAUGAAGAGAGCGCCGAGGGACGGCCACACUGGCGGAAGAGGAACAUUGAAGGCAAACAGUACCUCAGCAACAUGGGGACGCGAAGCACCUACCUGCUGCCCGGCAUGGCGACCUUCGUUACUUCCAACAAACCCGACCUCCAGGUCACCAUCAAAGAGGAGAGCUGUCCGGUGCCUUAUAACAGCUCGUGGCCUACUUUACCAGACCUCCCCCUCCCACCCUCCGUGACCCCAGCGCCCAGCAGCAGUCGGCCGGACCGGGAGACUCGGGCCAGCGUCAUCAAGAAAACUUCAGAUAUCACCCAGGCCCGCGUCAAGAGCUGUUAAGCCUUUGACUUCCCCUGGUGGUUGUUGGGAUUUCUUGGCUUUGUUUGGUUGGUUGUUUGUAUUUUAUUUUUCUCUCUGACACCUAUCCUAGACAAAUCUAAGGGAAAAAGCCUUGACAAUAGAACAUUGAUUGCUGUGUCCAACUCCAGUACUGGAGCUUCUUUUUAACUCAGGACUCCAGCCCAUUGGUAGACGCGUAUCUCUAGAGCCUGCUGGAUCUCCCAGGGCUGCUCCCUCAAGUUCAAGGACGUCAUAGGACCAACACCCCCACGGGCAGCAAGGUGCUGCAAUGCCUGCGGUCAAGGCCAGCACGGUGGAGUGGAUGCCUCAGAACAGAUGAGAAAAUGUGAACUAGCUGGAAUUUUUUAUUCUUGUGAAUAUGUACAUAGGGCAGUACUAGCGACGUUGCAGUCUGCUUCUGCACCUUAUCUUAAAGCACUUACAGAUAGACCUUCUUCUUGUGAUCUUGCUCUAUUUCACGGCACAUUUCAGCGCCCCCCCUUCGCCGCCCUUUGUGUCUGUCCCGCCCCUCGGCCUGGCCCGCUCCCUUUCCUCCUUGUCCUCCCCACAGAGGCUGUGUUCCACAUCCCUGAGGAGGAGAAGAAGAAAGAGCUUCUCCACAGAUACCCCAUUUUUUAAGACUGCUUUAAAAAAAAAAAAAGAAAGAAAGAAAAA